AUGGAGAUGGUUGAAAUUGUGGCAAAGAGCGUGAGCCAACUGAAGCAAGCGAGAGUGGCAGUCAUAGCGUUGGGCUGCCCGUCACAAAUUGUCGUUCCUAUUGGUACCUACACUCCGGAUCAACUAAGGAAAGAAUUGCUGGCAUUUAACCAAACUAGUGCAACGAUCGCCACCUAUCAAGGAUACAGUCUCGCUAGGAUGAUUCUAAAAGCAGAGACCACCCACGAUAAAAGGGUAGUCAUAAUUUCAAAUGGUCAAACUUCAACUUGCCAUGCACCGAGGCCUGGAGAAGAAGAUGAGCGCAGCAUUGUCAUU